UUGCCUUUUGUGGUUCAACACAUUCGAAACUCUUUCGAAAUGUUUCAGUUCAGAACCUUUUUGUUUUACGCGUUUGUUGUGGGCAAUCUGUACGGUGUGGUUAAAUCCCAGGAAAAUAUGGGUUCAGUUUGUGUUCUAACGGAUGCCCCAAAACAAUGUGGGGCAUUCUGUCUCUCCGCUCAACUUCCAUUCAUCGAUCACAAUUACAAGGUUCAAAGGCAAUUGAAAUCCCUUUCCGAAAUGCUAGAAAGAAUUGAAAAAUCAGCAUUGACGGUGCAAAAUAAAUCUCCAGCAAAUUUGGAAAGUAUUCAACAAAAUGCAUUGAAUUUCCAAAAAGAAAAUCAGGCCAAGCUGGACAGAAUUGAAAAAGAAAUACGGGAAUCUAAGGUAUAUAUAUUGGACAGAAUCGAAAAAGGAUCACAGGAAACACAGACAACUAUGGAAGGAAUUCAAACAGAAAGUCAGGCCAAGAUGGACAGUAUUCUGCAGAAGGCCAAGAUCAUCUCGCUUGGUUUCCAGUGGAUAGAAUCUAGAUACUUCUAUAUAGAAAAUAAUGCCAAGCAGAGCUGGACAAAUGCCGAAAACACUUGUCGCAAGAGGGGAGGCCAUUUGGCGGCUUUCGAUAAUCAAAAGGAAUUUGACGCCGUCAUAGCGAAACUCCAUCGUAAUACGCCAUACUGGUUGGGCAUUAGUGAUCGAAAAAAGGAGGGCGAGUUUGUCUCUGAGUCCGGAAACCGUCCAAAAAUAUUAACGUUUGCCCCUGGAGAACCCAACAACGACGGUGGCAAUGAGGACUGCGUCGACAUCUAUAAUGGGGUUAUGAAUGAUUUACCAUGUGAUUUGCAACGUCAUUUUAUUUGCCAGUUAGACAGUGAAGUUUAGUAAAAACUAAAAAUACUAAGAUUAAAAUGUUAAAAUG